UCUGUAGGGGAGGGGCUGUUUCUGCUGGAGUAUGCAAAGCGAGGAGCGGUUCGUGCCGCCGUUAGCGUGUGUGUGUCUCAGUACAUUUACACAGCGGUUAAUAGUGUACAGUGCAGACUGUGUGCACAGGUAAACUCGGUUCAGUCUGAAACAGGUGUCUGCCUCUGGCGUUUCAGUUGUGUGUGUGUGUAAAACACAAGGCGUGUGUGAAGCUCAGAGCUGCUGCAACGAAGACGCGGUGUUAUUGUCAUACACAGAAAAACGGCGACGAGAAGCUGAAGAAUAACGCCUACCAACGGUGCUCUUAGAGCCAGUAAUUACGAGAUGCAUGCUGUUUACUGAUGGACAGCAUGGUGAAAGACAGUAUCUUGUUAUGAGCUCUGGCUGUAUGACUGCGUGAGCUUUGAGGUGGCUGAUCAAAGUGUGCGCUGAGACGAGCAGCAGGUCGACACGCAGCCACUGAAGAGAGCAUUGUGAGCGCUCACACAGGGGGAUGGAAGCAGUGGACCAGCCCAGUCUACCUCCCUGACGCUCUGGUUGUGGUGGAUAUCCGUUGGGAGAUGAAUCAUCUCCCAUGCUCACCUUACAAUCCCUGCCAGUCUCGCCAUACUGCAUUUUGUGAAUGAAGGAUGGGACUCGAAGUGGAUUUAUUGGUACCUGUGCUCGGUUUCUGCUACAGGGGGAUGGGGCUGCUAUGGACGCUGCUGGCCUCCACUCUGUUCACGUGCAGCUCUGCUAUUCUCAUGGACUCUGUAGAAAGCCACAGCACGUUCACCUGUGAGCCCAUAGGGCUCCGUAUGUGUCAGGAUCUCCCCUACAACACCACCUUCAUGCCCAACCUGCUCAACCACUAUGACCAACAGACAGCCGCUCUUGCCAUGGAGCUCUUUCACCCCAUGGUGAACCUGCAGUGUUCUCCAGACCUGAGGCCUUUCCUGUGUGCGCUCUAUGCCCCUGUGUGUACGGAGUAUGGCCGCAUGUCACUGCCCUGCCGUAGCCUGUGUAUCCACUCGAAGAGGGACUGCCACAAGCUAAUGGAUAUGUUUGGUGUGUUGUGGCCUGAGGAGAUGGAGUGCAGCAGGUUCCCAGACUGUGAUGAGCCGUAUCCUCGUGCUGUAGACAUGCUGACCACUAUGAACACCUCGGACGAGUUGCCCAUGACAGUGCAGCGAGACUAUGGUUUCUGGUGUCCUCGUGAGUUGAAGAUUGAGCCUGAGCUGGGUUACACGUUCCUGGGUGUGCGUGACUGCUCCCCUCCCUGUCCCAACAUGUACUUCAGACGAGAAGAGCUCACCUUUGCCCGCUACUUCAUCGGCGUCAUCUCCAUCGUCUGCUUGUCCGCCACACUCUUCACAUUUCUUACAUUCCUCAUCGAUGUCACGCGCUUCCGCUACCCGGAGCGGCCCAUCAUCUUCUACGCUGUGUGCUACAUGAUGGUGUCGCUGGUCUUUUUCCUGGGCUUUCUGUUGGAGGAGCGUGUGGCAUGUAAUGCAGCUAGCCCAGCCCAGUUCAAAGCCUCCACAGUGACUCAGGGCUCCCAUAACAAAGCUUGCACUCUGCUCUUCAUGGUGCUCUACUUCUUCACCAUGGCCGGAAGCGUGUGGUGGGUGAUCCUCACAAUCACCUGGUUCCUGGCAGCUGUGCCCAAGUGGGGCAGCGAGGCCAUUGAAAAGAAAGCCCUGCUGUUUCAUGCCAGUGCCUGGGGUGUACCUGGUGUGCUGACUGUAGCGCUGCUGGCCAUGAAUAAGAUCGAGGGUGAUAACAUCAGCGGCGUAUGCUUUGUGGGAUUGUACGAUGUACACACUCUGCGCUGGUUUGUACUGGCUCCGCUGUGCCUGGAUGUGCUGGUCGGCGUGUCUCUGCUUCUUGCUGGAAUUGUGGCCCUAAACCGGAUCCGCAUGGAGAUCCCUCUAGAGAAAGAGAACCAGGACAAGUUGGUGAAGUUCAUGAUCCGUAUUGGCGUGUUCUCCAUUCUUUACCUGGUGCCGCUGCUGACGGUGUUGGGCUGUUACCUGUAUGAACAGGCGUACCGUCCAUUGUGGGAGACCACCUGGGUACAGGAUCGCUGCAGAGAGUAUCACAUCCCCUGCCCUUAUCAGGUGGAGCAGACGAGCAGGCCUGACCUGGUUCUGUUCAUUAUGAAGUACCUGAUGGUGUUGGUUGUUGGCAUACCAUCUGUGUUCUGGGUGGGCAGUAAGAAGACCUGCUUUGAGUGGGCUAGCUUUCUUCAUGGCCGCAGGCGCAAAGACAGUACGGUGAAUGACAGCCGCCAGGGUCUGCAGGAGCCCGACUUUGCUCAGGCUCUGUUGCGUGACCCCAAUACGCCCGUCAUCCGCAAGUCACGUGGCACGUCCACACAGGGCACGUCCACCCACGCCUCUUCCACUCACCUGGCCAUGUUAGAUGACGUGCGCAGCAAAGCAAGCAGCGUCCACAGCAAGAUGAGCAGCUACCACGGCAGCCUGCACCGCUCACGUGACGGCAGGUACACUCCCACCAGCCACAGAGGCAUGGAGGAACACCCGCCCUAUGGGAGCAUGCCCCGCCUUAACGAGCAGCUAUCGUGUCACAGCAGCCUACACCGGCUUGACAGCCAAUCACGGCACAGCAGCGCACGGGACUUAAGCCAUCCUCCACCCACCAAUAUAACACAUGGCUCCAGCAUGAACCGUGUGGUGGAGGAAGAUGGAUUGAGUGCAUAAUUACUAGACAGUUCAGUUUACACACACUGCCCUCAGCGUCGACUCAGCUCAAACCUGAACACUCGUACUGUGGACUAUGGAACUAGGGACUUGUUGCUCUGCAAAUGCAGAAGAAUGUGAAGACUGCACUCAAGCUGGUACACGGUUUAUGUAUUUUACAUGUACAGAAGAGCCUUUGUGGGAAAGUGUGUCGGUCCACACUGCCUGUGGUACACCAUACACCUUUGUAAGAUACUGUGAAGUUCAUGGCGAGUGAUGGGGCAAGUGAGUAAAGUAAUACAGCAUUACUCUGCCCCCUGCUGAGGGGCUGCAGACAUGUUUCUCACAGUUAAGGCAGUAAAAAAACAGGCAGCCUGCAGCUGUACACUCCUAGAGACACAGUGUCUUACUUGCUGGCUUGCAGCUUUUUCUCGCGUGAUCGUCUCCACGGCUCUAAGCAGCUCGUCAGAGCAGCUCCAGAUUCCAUUCCGUGAGGAUCUUUUACAUCUUAGCCUUCUUCGUGAUCAAGCACUCAAAGCCAAGCAUAAAGAUGAAAGGGGAAUUAAGACAAAUGUGACUGUACUUGGCAGUUACGUGCCUCUGGUAAGCAAUUACAUAUACAAGAUAAGGAUGGAGAAAGGAGAAAGGAUUUACUCACACAUCACAAGAGCUAAUGUAUGUUUCUGUACAUUUAUUACAGUACUCCUCAAAAACCACAUACCCGAAAACCUUACUUCCACCAGAUGAACCAUUCCGUGCUGCAUCAGCCUACCUCAUUAGCCCAGAGAUCCUCUACCUGCCUCAGAUCACACUAAACAUUUAACCUGUGAUUGCUGUCCUGUUAAUUAUUAUAUUUUGAGCCAGCUUUAUAAGCAGAGUGGCGCGACUGGCAAAGUGCAGCGUUUCCACAAUGCAUUUGUUUUACCACAGGCCUGUAAAGUCAUAGGAAAGAAAACAUUUACAGAGGUACAUGUGUAAAUGUAUUUUGUGCACACUACUGAUGACAUGCUGCCAGUGGCAAGCGGGGUAAACACAACUUGAACCAGAAAAUUGUGCUUCACUGAAGCAAGUGGCACCACAACAGUGCAGAAGUGCGUGGUUACUGCUUCUGGUAGAUAAAUGUGCUCCAGUCUGAACGCUAUAUGCAAAAAGCUUUGAAAACACUAAUUCUGCCUGACAUUUCUGUUGGUCACUCGAGUAUGCAAUGUGUGCUCCUACUGUAAGCAUGUAAAUGUGCAACACUGUAAAAUAUUUCUGCCUCCAGAAGCUUCUCUGGUACAGAAUUCAGAAUUUAAUACAUAUUAUUUAUAUCAAUUUAUGAAUAUAUUUGUAUUAUUUGAAGUUUCUGGUUUUUUAAUUCAGCUGCACCAAGUCAUAAUUUUGUUAAAUUGUAGCUAAAUCCAGAUGUCUGGAUGAUUAUGCUGAGUGCUUUUGUUUACCUGUUGGAAAAGUGAAUUAUCUUUGUGGUAUUUAGUGCCUGAAAAUGUGACUGUUGACCUAAAAUGACCACGCUUUAACAGCUACUACUGCUUCUCUAGUUUCUUUGCCUUCAGUCUCCAAAGUACUCUCAGUGCUUCGUGAUCAGCUUUUGUCUAUACUAUAGAGACUGCAGAUUUUUGUAGAAGGAGGAAGAUUUAGCACUUUAACUAUGGCUAGCUGUUGAAUGUGUGUAGAUAUUCUUUUCAGUUUUAGGGUCUUGCAAAUUUUUUAUCAUUUUAUCAUAUAUCAUUUUUUUUAUAAAGAAAUAAAAUUGCUUAUGAAUGCUG